CCAUGAUUUCAGUAUCAGUUCUUUAUCAGGUUUCCACCUCAGUGGUUGUCCACAAUGCUUAGAUCCGCGAAAUUUAUUCUGUGCGCAUUUGUUUUGCUGUAUCCUUACGGAGCUCUGAUUGAAGCCCAGGAUGGCAGGCGCUACGUGUGUCUACUAUCCGAUCCUCCGAACCAGUGCAGUGAAUACUGUGUAUCCGCACUGCAGCCGGUAAUCGAUCACCUUUCGAAAGAGCAACAGGAUUGGGGAACCUGCGGAGUAAAACUCAAUGAAACUGUGGCGAAACUGGAUCAGAUAGAAGACCAGUUGACGGCGACACAAAUCCAAAUAGAGUCCCAGCACGCAUUCCUCAAGAACAAUAUUACGAAGGCCAUCCCCCAGGAUCUUGAGCAAAGACUAAAGGACAUAGAAGGCAAUCAGACAGCCCUGGGUAAUCAGUUGAAAGAUGGACAGAAGAGGACGGAAAGCCAGCUAACAGCCAUUCAGAAGACUCUAUCCGAGAUCGAGAGGAAACUCGUGCUGCAGAGAUACCAAAAGAUAGGGUCGAGGUACUUCUACAUUGAACACAAUGUAGUGGUGAACUGGAGGACCGCCGAGCAGAUGUGUAUUGAAAUGGGCGGCCACCUCGCCGCCUUCCAAAAUGAACAGGAGUAUAACGCCAUAGCGGCGCAACUGAAAAAGGCGAACUACUGGCUGGGAGUCAAUGACUUGGCCAAACAGGGGGAGUUUAUAUCCUUGGCCUCCGGCAAACUAGCCACCUACUUCAGGUGGCGCAAAAAUGAGCCCAAGUAUAACAAUCCCACCCAGCACUGCGCCUACGUUUAUGGGCACGAAAACGUAAUGAUAGUGCUAUCCUGCACUACUGACGUUAUGCACUUUAUUUGCCAAUCAGACAGUGAUGUCUAGUUUUAAAGUACCAAGCCUGCACAUGUAUAAAUAAAUACAAAAAUAAAUACCCAUAUUUUAUAAUU